AUGGUAGUCGGCGACCGCCGCAAAUUCUUGGCUGCGGUGUUUACGCUACGUGUGACGGUAGACAAGGAAGGCAAUCCGACGGAUACGCUGGAUGAUAAGGCGCUUAGCAUUAUGAAGGAAAUUGGCAGCUCGGCUACGACGAUCUUGGACGCGCGUGCUGAUGAGAAGGUAAAGGCGUACCUGGAUGCUGGCUUGAAGCGUGCCAACGCCCACGCUACGUCGCGUGCCCCGUGA